AUGGUGAUGCUUCCCUUCAUAAGGCUUGUUCUGGUUCUCCCUGCUGCAUUGAAGAAUCUGUCAUCUUUGCCUCCGUCUGUCCCUUUUCUCCAGGGAGCCCCAGGAACCCCCGGACCCGGAGGUCUUGCUGGACAGCGUGGUAUUGUAGGGGGCCCAGGAGGAAGGGGACCCAGCGGUAGCCCAGGAGUACCAGGACCAGCUGUGAGUGUUCCCAUCAACAGCACCCCCCCCCCCACCCCACCCCACCCCUCUCGACAUAUUACUAUUUAACGGCGGCAGGUAGCUAUUUAAGAGCGCCAGGUAGCCUAGCGGUUAAGAACAUUGAGCCAGUAACCGAAAGGUCGCUUGUUCGAAUCCCUGAGCUGACUAGGUGAAAAAUAUUUUGAUGUGUCCUUGAGCAAGGCACUUAAACCUAAUUGCUCCUGUAAGUUGCUCUGGAUAAGAGCGUCUACCAAAAGUCUUACCUCACAACUCAAAUUAGCUUUAUUAUUUUAUUAAGUUUUCGCAUGGCUUUCUUUGUCUCUACUCCCAAAGCCUAAGAGUCUUAACCCUUGAGCUGUCCCUUGUCCUCUCUCAGGGGGAGCCCGGUAAGCAGGGACCUAGCGGCCUCGUCGGUGAGCGUGGAUCCCCUGGCCCCAUGGGACCCCCUGGAUUGUCUGGUGCACCCGGUGAAGCUGGUCGUGAGGGUUCCACUGGUCACGAUGGUGUUGCCGGUCGCGAUGGACCCCCAGGCUCCAAGGUAAGCCUCUACUAUCAAACCACGUCUUACUCUAUCAUGACACUGCUGUUAUAAACUGCUGCUGGAUAACAGAAUGACAAACUCAGGGCUCUAUUCAAUCCGCAUCGAUGAAGUUCAACAUUACAGCGUGAUUGAAAUUUAAAGGCAAUGUUCCCGCUUUAGCAUUCAAGGUAAACGCUGCACAUGUCAGCUCAAAUGGGAAUUACUAUACAUUUCUAUUGCGCAAUCUGUAACACUUCCACUUUACUUAUUGAAUAGAGCCCUUACUGUUGUUGGUUUAUGUAGAGCUCUUCCAGGCGCUCUUUUCCAGCGCUUUACAAUGUAAGGAAGGAAACUCCAACCUCAUGGCUCUUUGUCCCUGUGUGUGUGUGUUCAUUGCAGGGUGACCGUGGUGAGAAUGGUCAUGCCGGUUCCCCUGGUGCUCCCGGACCUCCCGGUGCCCCCGGUCCCUCUGGUGCUUCUGGCAAGACUGGUAGCCGCGGAGAGACUGUAAGUACCUCUUCUCAUCAAUUUAGGGGUCGGCUAUAGUAUCUCUGUAACUUUCCUUAGAAACAUUUUUGAAGUUUUGGACAUUUGUUGGACUAGCUUACAAUGUUACCUUGACAUACCCUGAGAUUCAUCAAUGUUACCCUGACAUACCCUGAGAUUCAUCAAUGUAGAAUAUAACAUAAUUAUCCUUGAUUCUCUCUCUACUCUCUCUCUGUUCAUGUGCUCGUCUGUCUGCUCUUCGCUAUAUCGACUGAGGAGCGCGAGGAAGAGAUAGAGAGUAGAGAGGAGUAUGGAUAGCGAGAGAUGCGAGGGCGAGAGAGAUGCAGGUACGAUAUAAGAGCUGACUGAGAUAUCAGUCUACCAUCUUCUUGCUAUGCUCGGUACAUUUUUCUCUAAGCAGUCUUGCUUCUAUAUUACUUUAAGAUUCUUCUUCUCUCUCUCUCUAUUUCUUCUAUUCCUUCUCUCUCUGUUCCUUCCUGUCUUCCUAUCUCAUCUCUCUCUCCUUUCGUUAUUUCCUUCUCCUCCUCUCUCGCUUCUUUAUUUAUCUCUCUCUCUCUCUCUCUCUCUCUCUCUCUCUCUCUCUCUCUCUCUCUCUCUCAGGGUCCUGCUGGUCCCGCUGGCCCUAACGGUCCUGCUGGUGGUCGAGGUGGUCUUGUAAGUUUUCUGUCAGCAUUUUGUCAUCCAUCCACCUCAACCUAAUGUACUGUAAGGAUGUCCACUGUCUGUGCUGAUUACCUGUUUGACCCUUGACCUGUGUCUGUAGGGCCCUGCUGGUGCUCGUGGAGACAAGGGAGAGGCUGGAGAGAGUGGAGAGAGAGGCCACAAGGGACACAGAGGUUUGA